UAAGCUACACGCCGGCCACUACAAAUCAACCUUAUAUAUUAAUAUAUAUACCCCCAAAACCUAUUCCCCUUUUCGACAUCAAUUUUACACACAGUAAUUGGAAUAAAUCUCUUCCCUCCGAAAGAAUGGCGUUCAAUUAUUCGACUCCUCAUUUUGGGCAGACGAGCAGUUCUUCUUCGGCUCCUUUUGCCGCUCCAAGUGAAUCUUCAUCAGUUUUUGCUCAAAUUACACCAUCUCCUUUUGGAAGAAGCAAUUCAUCGAGUUUUGGAGGAUUCCAGACCGCAAACACUUCUCCGUUUGGAUCAGGAUUUUUCGGUAGCACAAACUCGGGUUUUGGUGUCUCUAAUGCACCAAACAGUGGUUUUAACUUCAAUAGUUCAACUACUCCCAUGUUUGGAGUACCGAAUCCUUUUAGUGCAUUUGGAGUUCAGAGUUCAUCUUCUGGUGGAUUAUCUUCAUCUUGUUUCAAGACUGGUGAUAAUCAAGCAAAGGUCUUCCAAUCUAUUUGGAAUUCACCGUUUCAAGCCCCAACGACCCCUUCAUUAUGGUCAACUCCAGCAUUUGGAGUUCAGAGACCUGCUGGUGGAGAUACACCAUUCUGUUUCAACACUCCUACCACGAAUUCACCGUUCGAUAAUCUCUUCCGGAACCAAUCUACUGCAAAAUCACCGUUUGAUAAUCUCUUCCGGAACCAAUCUACUGCAAAUUCACCAUUUGAUAAUCUCUUCCGGAACCAAUCUACUGCGAAUUCACAGACUUUCCAGUCGGCAAAUCCUUUUGGCGUACAAUAUGAAAUUGAUGGACCGAAGGCCAUAAUUACUAUACAAAAUGGAACAUCUACCAUACAAGUUUCAGGCGAAGUUUCGUCCUUAACUAUCCGACAGGUGCCGUCGAAGCAGGACAAGCUGCCUGCUCGAGGAAAUAAUGGUGGAAGCAGUGAGCCUUGUUUUGCGAACUCACACGGAAUAGUCCAGCGCACCACAAUAUCUGAGGUCAAUCCACCCAAUGCUCGUCCCAGUAACCAAUAUCGCGCAACACCAGGAAAAGAUGCAAACAACGAACAAAUCAACUCAAUCUCUGCUAUGCCAAUUUUCGAAAAUAAAAGUCAUGAAGAGUUAAGGUUGGAGGACUAUGUGUUACGUGGGGGAAAAGGUUGUGAAGGCGGCAAAGCUUCGUUCAAACUCAACCUCAAUGAAAUAGAGGUGAGUGAAGAAGAAGAUGAUGCAGAAGCAAAUAAAAAGCGCGAGGCAGAUAUUUUAGCACUAAUGCCAAAGCUACCAGACGGUGAUUAUUACACGGAACCUUCUAUAAAGGAUCUGGCAGCAAAGGAAAUAUCCGAACCGGGAUUUUGCAGCCGAGUGAAUGACUUUGUAGUGGGGAGAAAAGGUUACGGAAGCAUCAAAUUUCUUGGAGAAACGGAUAUUCGAAACCUCGAUAUUGAAUCUGUUAUCCAUUUCAACAAUCGAGAAGUGAUAGUUUAUCCGGACAGUACAAAGAAGCCGCCAGCUGGACAAAGCCUGAACAAGCCAGCAGAGGUAACUCUAAUGAAUGUGAAAUGCAUUAAUAAAAAAACCGGAAAAGAGUUUGUAGAUGGUGUUGAAGUUCAACGUUACAAAGAGAUACUAAUAAAGAAGGCGUCGGAACAUGGGGUCGAGUUUGUUUCGUAUGAUCCAGUUCAAGGCGUGUGGAAAUUCAGAGUUCAGCACUUUUAGUUAGCUAGCAUUUUUUAAUUUUUUUUUUUUAUGUUUCAGUCUUAGGAAUUUAAAAUCAAUUGGUUUGUGAAAAGUGUGUUUUGCUGAAUUUGCAUCUUGUUUUAGGGUUUAGCAAACCUUACCAUGCAUUUACAUGGGAAUUUUUUCUUGUUUUUGACUAUAUAAAGGUCCAUUUUCAA